AUGCCAAUUAGGGCCACUCAGUUGCAAGUAAAGGAUCUCUAUCAACCCAAUCCUGACCAACCUCUGCAACUCGAAGCACGAAAAGCACCAACCAUCCUAGCUGACAUUCGACGCGCUUGCAAGAAAAUCCUGAAGCAAAUCAACCAGAACAAAGUACCUAUCCAACUGUACUUUAGCCUCAUGCUACAACUUCCUCAGGAUAGCACCAAACGCACAACCGACAUCUCCUUCAAACCGUUCAUUGACUCCUAUGACCUCAACAGCCAGCAAGGCAUCACUCGACAGAUUUCAACCAGAACAUUCCGCACAGCAUGCAUCGAGGCUCACACCUCCAGCAUUGCCAGGUCCAAUUGGAAUUUCUUCUGGUCUCUGUCCCUGAACCUUGUCCACCGUAAUGUCAUCUAUCGCUUCCUCACCCACACCAUCCCGACCAAACGCCUGCUACACUACUUUGAGAUAGCUGAAUCACCUCUCUGCCCAAUCUGUGGUAACGAAGAAAAUGCUGUACACUUGCUUUUCCUCUGCUCCAGUAAGGUAUCCAUCUGGAAAGCUAUCAUCUUUGAAUUCUUGUGGCCAACCGUUUCGAUUGGUGAUAUUAUCCAAGCCUGUUCCUCUCUUGACUUUGAAAACAUCAAACAUGUCUCCAAAUCGUACACCACUGCUCACAUGGUCAUACUGGUAACACUUGGCAACAUUUGGCGAGCUCAAGUUCGUAUGAUCUUUCACUCGACUCCAUUUACAUGGAUCGAUGUGGUCUAG